UACCUAUCCAUUUUCCCAGAUCCAAUCCCGACUACUCCCAUGGCGGCCGGCGGCGGCCGCGGCGGCCCCCGGCUCCCCGAGGAUCUCGUUAUCUGGGAGAUCCUGACGCGUCUGCCGGUGAAGCCCCUCCUCCGGUGCCGCGCCGUCUGCCGCUCCUGGCGCCGCCGACUCACCUCCGACGCCAAGUUCCUCCUCGCCCACCACCGUCGCCAGCCCUCGCUCCCGCUCGUCACCACCUGGGACACGGACACGAAUGAGAGAAGGAUCGACGCCCUGGACCACCGCACCGGCGAGCGGCAUCCUGUCGCGCGGAGGACGGGCCCGAUCGCUGCCUUCGAGAACGACCACCACGUGCUCGCUUCCUGCGACGGCCUCAUCAUCCUCCAUGAGUACGGCGGCCUCGAGAUCUGCAACCCGGCGACCCGCCAGCGCGCCCCCCUGACGCUGCUCCACGGCGCCGCCUGCAUCUGCGCGCUUUACCCUCACCGCCCAUCCGGGUCGCACCGAGUGCUGUGCUGCUUCAAGAGAGCCGAGGACGGCCACGCCGUGUACCACGUGCACACCCUCGGGUCCGGCGAGCUCAGGUGCGUCGGAGAGCCUCCCGGGCCGUGGGCGUCCGGGGAUGUGGCGAUGGUGGUGUCGAUGUUGGGGUUGAUUGACCCGCCCGUCCUGGCAGGCGGCAGGAUCUACUGGCACCCGUUGAAGCUGCCCGGCGGCAACGCCGGCGACGACAAGUGGAAGGCCAACAACAUGUUGGUGUUCGACACCAUGUCCGAGUCCUUCCAGCAUUUGCUGUCGCCCGUCGCUGGCCCCUUUCUUGAGUUGUUUGAGAUGAACAACGGCGCUCUUGGAUUGUACCACUACCUCGGCAGCAGCACGACUGAUCUCUGGGUGCUAAAGGAUCACCAGAGCUGGUCCUGGUCGUUGAGCAGCCGGAUCAAAUUGGACGUGUUUUUCUCUAUGCUGCCGGUACUGGACCCAGAAGGAGAUGUGCUCGUCCUUUCUGACAGAGGGGAGCCAGGCAUCGAAUAUCUGCAUCACAUUUCUGGUGCCAAUGGCAGUUUGUUGGCUCGGUAUAAAUGGAGCCCUUCUCUGAGGCUUACCAGGCAUAGGUUGAAAGAGAGCCUUGUCCGCCAUGACUUCUUCUUGAUGAAAGGUAAUACUGGUGGUAUGGAUGAAAAACCAUUGUUUGAUGGCUUGUCAACUGUGACGGUGCUUUGUGAUGAUAAUUCUGAGUCACAUUAUUGAGAAACAACGGUAUUAGUCUGUGCUGGCAAGCUGUUUCAUCUCAGCAGGAUGGACAACUGUCUAGUAAUAAGAGCUCUGCAGAUUAGUAAUAACUUGAAACUAUACCGAGUGUGGUAUUUAUUUUCUCUUUUCGCAUGAGUCAUGAACACACACACUUUAUUUUGGUUACGUCAUGCCUUUUUAACCUUGUGUCUUUUAUUUGUAAUAACUUGCAAGCAUAUCUGGUAAUCAAAUGAUGCUGCAUAGAGAUUUCAGUAAGCUGAUAUGUCUGCCUCUCUGUGUAAGCACAUAAUUUUGAUUUUGUAUUCCUUAGCUGUGCAAAGUCUGGUAGAGCAGUAUCCAAUAAGCAACAACAAUAUGAUGAGUAACCUGCAACUAUUGUGUCA